AAAGUGGUCACUAUAGCGCACAUUAACCAAAGUUAACUCUCCCAGCGCACAUUAGCAUAUACCAAUGUCUUCACCUCCUCUUCCCUCUUCUUUCUCGUUACACUCCUUAUCCCUCUUCUUCCUCUUCUUCUCCUCUUUUAGGGUUACCUUUCUCCUUUUUCUUCUUUACUAUUUACUCCAAAUUUCAUCUCUUCAAAUUUGUGUUUUUGGUUUUUUAUCAUUACUCCCACCAAAUGUUUGUUCCCAUUGUUGUUUUCACAGCUCAAAGAACAUAAUCUAUGGACCCAAAGAGUCGGUAUUCGUACUCCAAUCUCUUCAAUCUCGAGUCUUUGAUUAACUUCCAGCUGCCCCAACUCGAUGAUGAUUUUGAUUAUCAUGGGAAUAGCAGUCAGGACGAGAGCAGAGGUAGCCCAGGUGGAGCAACCGGAAGCCAGAGUAAUGGUAUAUUGUCUGGUAGGGAGUCAAAGAGAAAGAGGCGGACUUCAUAUAGUAGUGAUGAAGAUGGGGACAGGGACAGAGCUUGUAGUACCUAUAUUUCUGAGGAAAAGUAUAGAACAAUGCUGGGAGAACACAUUCAAAAGUACAAGAGGAGGCUUGGUAAUUCCUCAGCAAGCCCUGCAGCUACUCGUAAUGGGGUACCUGUGUUGAGAGGUGGUGGAGGUUCAAGAGACCAGAAGUCAACAAAUGAUCAUAGAGGAGCGAUCAGACUUGCCUCUACAUCAGAAUUUUUUAACAAUAGCACUCAGAGCUUAGGAAACCAUAUUCAGUCAGAUUUUCCAGGGCCAUAUGGUGGUGAUAGAUCUAUUUAUGAACCUGCUUUCUUGGAUCUUGGGGAGGACAUCACAUACAAGAUCCCUCCACCCUAUGAAAAGCUGGCAACAUCAUUGAACUUGCCAACCAUGUCAGAUAUUCAAGUUAAUGAAAUUUACCUCAAGGGUACACUUGAUUUGGAAACUUUGGCUGCAAUGAUGGCUUCUGAUAAGAAACUUGGGCCCAAACGUCAAGCAGGAAUGGGUGAUGCCAAGCCACAAUUUGAAUCUCUUCAGGCACGAUUGCGAGCCCAGCCGGCUAAUAGUGCCGGUCAGAGAUUCAGUCUGCAAGUCAGUGAAGCUGCAUUAGAGGCUUCUUCCAUCCCUGAGGGGGCUGCAGGAGGUAUACGGCGUUCUAUAUUGUCAGACGGUGGUGUCUUACAGGUUUAUUAUGUGAAGGUGUUAGAGAAAGGAGACACCUAUGAGAUUAUUGAACGUAGUCUACCCAAAAAGCCAAAGUUGAAGAAAGAUCCUUCUGCGAUUGAGAAGGAAGAAAUGGAGAAGAUUGGAAAAUAUUGGAUAAACCUUGUCAGGAAAGAAAUCCCAAAACAUCAUAAGAUAUUCAUCAAUUUCCACAGGAGGCAAUUGACUGAUGCCAAGCGGAUUGCAGAAACUUGUCAGAGAGAAGUGAAAAUGAAAGUUAGCAGAUCACUUAAGGUGAUGAGAGGUGCAGCAAUUCGUACAAGGAAACUUGCUAGGGAUAUGCUCGUGUUUUGGAAGAGAGUUGACAAAGAGAUGGCAGAAGUAAGGAAAAGGGAGGAAAAAGAAGCAGCAGAAGCUUUGAAGCGUGAACAAGAGCUUCGUGAAGCAAAGAGACAACAACAAAGGCUCAACUUUCUGCUAUCACAAACUGAACUUUACAGCCAUUUCAUGCAAAAUAAAUCAGCUUUACCCUCUGAGGCUGUGCCUUUAGGUGAUGAAAUGAUAAAUGACCCAGAAAUGUUGUUAAGUUCUACUGAAAGACCUGGAGAGGAAGAGGAUCCUGAAGAGGCUGAACUGAGAAAAGAGGCUCUGAAAGCUGCACAGGAUGCAGUUUCAAAGCAGAAAAUGAUGACAAGUGCAUUUGAUAGUGAAUGUCUGAAACUGCGUCAAGCUGCUGAAAUUGAACCCUCCCAGCAAGAUGCUCCAGCUGCUGACAUAGACUUAUUGCAUCCGUCAACCAUGCCUGUGGCUUCAACUGUGCAAGCACCAGAAUUAUUCAAGGGUACUCUUAAAGAUUAUCAGUUGAAAGGCCUCCAGUGGCUUGUAAAUUGUUACGAGCAGGGUUUAAAUGGCAUUCUUGCUGAUGAGAUGGGUCUUGGGAAAACAAUCCAGGCCAUGGCUUUCUUGGCACAUUUGGCAGAAGAAAAGAAUAUAUGGGGUCCCUUUUUAGUUGUUGCUCCCGCGUCAGUCUUGAACAACUGGGCUGAUGAAAUUGGUCGUUUUUGCCCUGAUCUAAAAACUCUUCCAUAUUGGGGAGGUUUACAAGAACGAGUGGUGCUUCGAAAGAAUAUUAACCCAAAACGUCUUUAUCGUCGGGAUGCUGGAUUCCACAUUCUCAUUACCAGUUAUCAACUACUAGUCUCUGACGAGAAAUACUUUAGACGUGUUAAAUGGCAAUACAUGGUGCUGGAUGAAGCCCAGGCAAUCAAAAGCGCAAACAGUAUAAGAUGGAAGACAUUGCUGAGUUUCAAUUGUCGAAACCGUUUGCUUCUGACUGGUACUCCAGUUCAAAAUAACAUGGCUGAGCUGUGGGCGCUCCUCCACUUUAUCAUGCCUACCUUAUUUGAUAGCCAUGAACAAUUUAACGAAUGGUUUUCAAAAGGAAUCGAAAACCACGCGGAGCAUGGUGGGUCAUUAAACGAGCACCAGCUCAGCCGACUGCAUGCCAUUUUGAAACCUUUCAUGCUACGGCGGGUUAAAAAGGAUGUGGUUUCUGAGUUGACUGGGAAAACUGAAAUCACAGUGCACUGUAAGUUGAGUUCUCGUCAGCAGGCAUUUUAUCAAGCAAUAAAAAAUAAGAUAUCCCUUGCUGAGUUAAUUGAUAGCAGCCGUGGGCAUCUUAACGAGAAGAAAAUUCUAAACCUGAUGAAUAUUGUUAUCCAGUUGAGGAAGGUUUGCAACCAUCCAGAGCUCUUUGAGAGAAAUGAAGGAAGUUCUUACUUCUAUUUUGGAGAUGUUCCAUACUCACUUCUUCCUGCUCCCUUCGGUGAACUUGAGGAUGUAUUCUUUUCUGGCGGUCGAAGUCCUGUUACAUACCAGAUACCAAAGCUGGUUUACCGGGGAGCUAAUAGAUCGAGCAUGCUUCACUCUACUAUGGGGCAGGGUGUAAGUAAAGAAUUAUUUGAGAAGUACUUUAACAUAUAUUCUCCAGAGAAUAUUCACCGCUCAAUACUCCAAGAAAUGCACGAGUCGGAUGUUGGCUAUAUACAGAGCGGAACAUUUGGUUUUACUCGUUUAGUUGACAUGUCACCCAUGGAGGUUGCAUUUUCGGCAACUGGCUCUUUAUUGGAGAAAUUGUUAUUCUCAAUUGUUAGAGCCAGCCGACAAUUUUUGGAUGAAAUUUUGGACUUGAUGGAGUCUGAGGAUGAUGAUCUCUGUUGUAGUCACCUUGGAAGGGACAAAGUAAGAGCAGUGACACGAAUGUUAUUGCUUCCAUCAAAGUCCGAAGCAAAUUUAUUAAGAACAAGACUAGCAACGGGGCCUGCUGAUGCACCAUUUGAGGUUUUGGCCAUGGAACAUCAGGAUAGGCUUUUAUCUAAUGUUAAUCUCUUGCAUUCGAUAUACUCCUUUAUUCCUAGAACAAGAGCACCUCCUAUAAAUGCUCAUUGCUCAGAUAGAAAUUUUGCUUACAAAAUGCUUGAGGAACUACACCAUCCAUGGAUUAAAAGGUUGUUGGUUGGGUUUGCGCGCACAUCGGAAUGUAAUGGUCCUAGGAAGCCAGGUGUCGCACACCAUUUAAUACAAGAGAUAGACUCUGAAUUACCCAUCACACAACCUGCUCUUCAGCUUACGUACCAAGUUUUUGGUUCAUGUCCACCCAUGCAACCAUUUGACCCUGCAAAGAUGCUAACGGACUCAGGGAAGCUUCAAACACUUGACAUAUUAUUAAAGCGUUUGCGGGCAGGGAAUCACCGUGUUCUUAUCUUUGCACAAAUGACAAAAAUGUUGGAUAUUCUAGAGGAUUACAUGCACUACAGGAAAUAUAGGUACUUGAGGCUUGAUGGAUCUUCCACUAUAAUGGAUCGACGAGACAUGGUCAAAGAUUUCCAGCAUCGGAAUGACAUCUUUGUGUUCUUGCUGAGUACAAGAGCAGGGGGGCUUGGUAUCAACUUGACAGCUGCUGACACUGUCAUCUUCUAUGAGAGUGACUGGAAUCCAACUUUGGAUUUACAGGCAAUGGAUAGAGCUCAUAGGCUGGGUCAAACUAAGGAUGUUACUGUUUAUCGCUUAAUCUGUAAAGAGACAGUUGAAGAGAAAAUUCUGCAGAGAGCCAGUCAGAAAAACACAGUGCAGCAGCUUGUCAUGACAGGUGGACAUGUCCAGGGUGACCUUUUGGCUCCAGAAGAUGUUGUUUCUUUGUUGAUUGAUGAUGCACAGUUGGAGCAGAAACUAAAGGAAAUUCCUCUUCAGCAGGCUAAAGAAAGACAAAAGAGGAAAGGUGGCACAAAAGGCAUACGUAUUGGUGCAGAUGGUGAUGCAUCAUUAGAAGAUCUUACACAUAGUGAAUCUGUUGGGAGUGAUGCUCUUUUACCGGAGAAAGCAAAAUCAAGUAAUAAAAAGAGGAAAGGUUCCACAGACAAGCAAACCCCAAGAUCAAGGCCUCAAAAGAAUCCGAAAAAUCUUCAAUCUGCAUCACCCAACUCAUUGUUGGAAGAUGAUAUAGAUGGCUUUCCACAAAACAUUGACAUGCAACAACAAAGGCCAAAAAGACUGAAGAGGCCAACUAAGAGCGUAAAUGAGAACCUUGAACCAGCAUUUACUGCCACUGUUCCUAUGAGCCAAGAGGGGAACCAUAACCAUCCUUCGUCAGAUAUCAGCUCUGGUGGUGGGAGAGCAGGGGCUGAGGAAGAGGCAUUGAGACAUAAUAAUCUGUUUGCUGGCUAAUAACAGGACAAGUGAAAUAUUAUAUCUUUUAUCGAGCUACCGUUCUUUCUCCUCUUGGGGUGGAUGAAUUGCAGACUUGGAAGCAGAACCCAGUUACUUUCCAGUAGAACGUGGUAGCAGAAUGAGAAGGUAGUGCGGAACUGUAUAUUAGUUGUACAGAUUAUUCGUAGGACUCCGGGGCACGAGACUUCUUGGCUGCUAUACUUGAAAUAUAGUGAUGUACAGUAGGCAUUGAUCUGUACCUUUUUGGUUAGGGGAAGUUAAUGUAAUCUGCCAAGAGUUUGGCAAAUUUUUCUCCUGGUGGUGAUUUUUGUUAGACAUUAUGUAAUCACAAGGGGAUGAUUUUAUAGAGCCAUCAAAAGAAAAUAUUUGAAUGACCAUAGGCCAUAGUUGUGGCCAUUGGUCACUAUGAUUGUAUUGAUGAUCUGGCCAAUGCUUUUGUCACA